AUGGGCCCGAACACCCCAGCGGAGACACCUGGCCCAGGAGACGCGCCCGCCCCAGCCGCAGGAGACGAACCUGCUGCAGGCGCCCCUGGUGCCCCCCCAGGCACCCCAAGUGCCCCAGGUGCCCCAACCGAAGAGCCUACACAGACGCCUGAAGAACUGGCGUUUUACGCCCCGAAUUAUGGGUGUCUGGUCAUCUUUGCUGUAAUUCUUUUCCCUCCCCUUGGACUCGCAGCUGUCUACUUCAGUACCAAGACCACACAGGCCAACAAGAACAGUGAGUGGGAAGAGGCUUACAUCAACUCAGGCAGAACUGGAUGGCUGAGCGUGUUCGCCAUACUCAUCGGCUUAGGCCUCAUUUACGCCUAUGCUCUUUAUAUGUGA